CUUGACCAAUUGCGCCGCGCAAGAGUCUGAUGGGUCAUUUGAAUACAGAAAUCCUCUCUGGGUAGAUGUGGUACAGUAUAUUAGAUAGUUGUAUAGUGAAGCGUCUUUGCGUGAGCGCGUGUGUGUUUGUGUGAAUGUGCACUUCUAGAAUAGAAAGCCAAAGGAAGAAGAAGAAGAAGAGAGAAGCGGAAUCGGUGUGCGCCUUGUUGAAAUCCAGGGUGAAGCAAAUAGAUAGCGUGUAAGAGAUCGAUCAGCACUUCGCGCUCCCUCUGUGGAUUUGAUGGAUCAGUGGAUGUGAUGCCAAUAUAUAUCAUCGACCGAAAAUUUCCCGACACAUCUGGUGAGUUGAUACAGCCGACAGCUGAAGAAGGAGACCUGAGAAUGACUGAGAACAACCCCCCCAAGUUGGCUAAGAAGCCUCGCUGGACCUCCCUAGAGGUCGGCCUCAUUACCAUCGUCUCCUUGCUCUUCAUCGUCAUCGUCGCCCUCAUUAUCCUUUUUGCUACACAAAAGACUGAUAAAAUCUGCACCACAGCUGACUGCACACAGUCAGCAUCUCGCCUAAUUGAAAACAUGGAUGCUAGCGUGAACCCUUGUGACAACUUCUAUGAGUACGCCUGUGGAGGCUGGCUGAAAAAGAACAUCAUCCCUGAGACCAGCUCUAGAUACAGCACCUUUGACAUCCUCCGAGAUGAACUAGAGGUCAUUCUCAAAGGGGGAUUAAAGGAAAACAAACAUUGCUCAACAAGGGCUCAUUAUAGACAUUGUGUUACUUGUGAGAGUUCUGACCUCCACUGUGGAGGUGACAUCAAACAUGCAACCUCUGAUCUCGGGACCAGCUGUCACCUGCUUGGAUACCACUGCCUGCUGAUAAACGGAUCCUUUUUCCUGUCAACAGCUGCAGGGGCCUGGAAACACCUGGACACUGCAACGCUCUAG